ACUUCUCGGGGAUUGGUUAGUUGUUUUGUACCAGCGUUCGUUCUUGCACCGAAAACGCCAAAAAAUACGCUUUCAAACCAAAAUGGAGGAUUUGUCGGUCGAGGUGUACGGUGAAAAUGGUGCUUAUUAUAAGGCCAUUGUCACCGACGUGCUCGACAACGAGGUUCUCGUAGCCUUUGAAAAUGACUGGCAGCCGGAGUCGAAAUUUCCUUUCUCGCAAGUGUUCCUACCGCCGAAAGACACCGGCAAACACACAGAGUUCGUGGAGAACCAAGAAGUGGAGGUGUUCGCGAGGUCCAAUGAAAAGGAAGCAUGUGGUUGGUGGACAGCUAAUAUCAAGAUGAUGCGGGGGGACUUCCUGGUGAUAGAGUACUUAGAAUGGGACAACUGCUACACAGAGAUUGUGCCAAAGGACCGGCUCCGAGUAAAGACCCCGAAGACUCCCAUUGACAAAAACACCUUCCACAAGUUCGAAAUCCCCGUACCUGAUGAUCUCAAGGACUACGCGAAGGUGGAGAACGCGCACAAGGAGUUCCAGAAGGCUAUUGGUGCCGCGCUCGUGUGGUACGUGCCCGAGCGCGGGGCGCUCGCCGUCAUCAGCCGCUGCAGCACCACGCAGCGCCGCGCCACCAUGCUCCAGGAGAUGCACUUCAGGAAUCUUACUCAGAAGCUGUUAUUAUUGAAAAAGACUGAAGAAGCAGCUAGGCAAUUGGAGUCCACAAAAAUACACAAUCAGGGAGGUUACACGGACGAGUUCUCAGUGCGCGACGACCUGAUGGGGCUGGCCAUCGGGACGCACGGCGCCAACAUCCAGCAGGCGCGCAAGGUGCCCGGCGUCACCAACAUCGAGCUGGAAGAGCACUCAUGCACCUUCAAGAUCUGUGGAGAGUCGGGCGAGGCGGUCCGCGCGGCCCGCUCGCUGCUGGAGUACGCGGAGGAGUCCAUCAAGGUGCCGCGCGCGCUGGUGGGGAAGGUCAUCGGCAAGAACGGGAAGGUCAUCCAGGAGAUCGUCGACAAGAGCGGCGUCGUGCGCGUGAAGGUUGAGGGCGACAACGAGCCCAUGCCGUCAGCGCCGCGCGAGGAGGGAAUGGUGCCUUUCGUCUUCGUGGGGACAAGGGAGAACAUCGCUAACGCUAAAGUGCUCGUCGAAUACCACGUGGCGCAUCUCAAGGAGGUGGAGCAGCUGCGCGCGGAGAAGCUGGAGAUCGACCAGCAGCUGCGCGUGGUGAUGGGCGGCAACGCGGCCGCCUUCCCGCCGCCGCGCGGGCAGCCCGCCGCGCGCGCGCGCCGCCUGCGCGCGGCCCCGCCGCGGUACCCGCCCGGCGGGCGCCGCAUGACGCCGGAGCUGGGCGAGGAGCGCGGCGAGGCGGGCGGCUACCGCGGCCGCGGCGGCGCGCGACGGCCCAACCGAUCGAGCGAGCGCGGGCCGGGCCGCGGCGGCGGCGCGGGGCUGGGCGCGGGCGGCGGCGGCGAGGAGCGGCGCGGGGGCGCUGCGGGCGCCGCGGGGGCCGCGGGGGGAGCGGGCGGCGCGCCCAACCCGCCGCUGGAGAACGGCCGCCACGCGCGCGGCCCGCUGCCGCCGCGCGGGGACAACCGCAACAUGAGCGGCCGGCGACGUGAGCCGCGAGAGCCGCGCGACGAGCGGCGCCGACAAACUGAUGACGAGAGCUCCGUGCUCGACAGCCAGGACGUGUCCAGCGCCGACCGGGAGUCGGCGUCGUCCGAGGAGGGCCGCGGCGCGGGCGAGGCCGCCGCCGCGCGGCGCCGCCGCCGACGGAGGACAGGAGGCGGGUGGAAGAAUGGAGUGAGCGGGUCUCACGGCGCGGGCGCAGCGGGCGCGGGCGCGGCGGCGGCGGGGGCCGAGACGAUAUUAUAUCCUAACGUUAACGUAACAUGUAUCGUGUGCCGACUGCGGCGACGCGGCCGCCGUCGCGGGCGGCGAGCGGCCGCGUCGCCGCGGCUGCUGUAUCGGCCGGUGCCGGCCGCGACUCACGGACGCCCGUGGCUCUCGGGGACCGUACAUUUGUUUCACGCCUCCCCGAGCGCCGCCCCCCGGACCGAGACCGACCGAUAUGACGAGACGGCGGACGCGGCCGCGGCCCUCACGACCCGCGCCCGGCGCCCCCGCCGAGUCGGACACCACUAG